AACAUAAGGCCUCCUUUGAGCUGCUUCUCAGCAUUUACAGCUUAUACCACAUUCCCAAGUGCUUUACAUACAUUGAUUCCCACAAGCCUUUUGCAGAAGAAUACAUGGAUGUUAUUGUCUUUAUUUUACAGAGGGAUGGCUGGGACAUAAAGGUGAUACGAGUUUCUCCAGUCCAAAGGGAAGUCAAUCACUGAGCUUGGUUGGAUCCCACAAACUCCUGGCUCUAACCCCAUUCUCACACCACAUCUUAAAUGUUGAUGGCCCCGUAGUCCUAGAACUAAAAAAACUAUUCCAUGGAAGUCCCCAUUACAGAAAGGGAGAGGGCUUCCCUCAGCUGGGAUUCCUUCCCCCAGCUGGGACUGUUGAAGGAAGGAGUAUUCAGUAAUUAAGUCUGUAUGGGUGUCAGAUAGUUAGAGGACCUCCCUUAGACUGCAGCUCCUUGGGGAGCACUUGUCUUCCAGUCCCAUUGUCAAGCAGCAGUGACUACGGUAUCUGAACAGAGAAGAUCAAUGCAAGGAGCCCUUGACCAUCCCCAGGGGGACAUUCAGUAGAUCUUUGCAUGUGUACAGAAACAGGAAAGUUUUUCCUUGACUCCAGGAUAAAUCCAAGAGGCUCUGACCCCUGGCCACCUGAAGAAGGCCAAGCUGAUGUUCUUCUUCACUCGAUAUCCCAGCUCCACUCUGCUAAAAACCUACUUUCUUGAUGUCCAGUUCAACCGCUGCAUCACUUCCCAGCUCAUCAAGUGGUUCAGUAACUUUCGUGAGUUUUACUACAUCCAGAUGGAGAAGUUUGCCCGACAAGCCAUCCUGGAGGGAGUCACAGACUGUAAAGACCUGAUGGUUUCCCGAAACUCCGAGCUAUUCCGGGCUCUCAACAUGCAUUACAACAAAGGGAACGACUUUGAGGUCCCUGAUCGCUUCCUGGAGGUUGCCAGCUUGACCCUCCAGGAGUUCUUCAGUGCUGUCAAGGCAGGAAAAGACUCUGACCCUUCCUGGAAGAAACCCAUUUAUAAAAUAAUUUCAAAACUGGACAGCGACAUCCCAGAAGUAUUUAAAUCUUCCAGCUGUCCCCAGGAACUGCUUCAGAGCUAAAUCUCUUGGGGAGGAUGUCUGAGACAAUGGUAUAUUGCAACUAGGUAAGGGGGAGGCUGGCUUGAUCUAAGCAGUUGUUGCACCCACCCUAUAUUUUGUGUAUAGCACUCUUAAGAACUGCUUUCAACCUGCUCUGUAACACAGUGUUUUUUGUGGAUUGUAUUCAGACCUCUAAAUAACCAGUAUUUUAUAUAACUUGUCAUACUCUGUAGCUCAAAGGAAGUAAUCUUGUAGAGGGAGGACAGUGAUUAAGACAUUAGGCUAAGAGCUGUGUUAUAUUCCUAGCUCUGUCUGAUGUCUUCUGUGCCCUUAAAUAAGUGAUCUCUCUGCUAUGUUUUUGGUUCCUGCAAAUGUCAUUCCUGUUUAUGAAUUACACAGAGGUUCUUCAAUGGAAGUGUCCAAUUAUGACCAAAAGACUACUGAUGGAGCAGAGCACAGUCCUAAGGAGACUGUGGCUGUGUAUAAGGCAUCUGGCUACAGCUCCAGAGACAUGAAUUUGAGUCCUGCUCCAGACUUGUGCUGAAGGCUGCCCAGUCAACCCAGCUCUAAAUGGCUUUCUGGCCAUUCAGGUUGGGAGUCAAGUGGCCAGACAUGACACCAGUCACAUCACUCCCCUGUGUCCUGCUAUAUACAGACAGGAGAGCUUUAACCAUGCUAGCUAGAUGAGCCAUUCAACUCAGGCAAACUUCUCACUUGACUUGGAAGUCUCAGCUCAAGGGGAUUUUUUGCCCAAACUUAUUGUUAUAACUUCUGAAUGCGACUGCUGGCCAUUUCCUGAAUUUCAGACACCUCAGAUCUAGAAUCAAGGAUCAAUGGGACAAUUAAUAUGUCCUGCAUGAGAGGUAAAAGGCUGACUUCUUCACUGGUGUUUAUAGUUGAACACACAGAGUGGACAGAUGAUAUGAGAAAAUGCAGAUCCCUUUCUUAAUUCCCUGUCUCCUCCUAUAAAAGCAACGUCAAGCCUUUCCCACCAGACCUCGUGAGUGUAUUUCUUAGCGUGCACUUCAGAAAUAAAGUCCACCAGAACAAUUUGUUACCCAAUGGCUUUCUCCUUUGCUGCCUCAGGAGAUUGGGGUGCCUUUCCACAUUACUAGGUUAGCUUAUUCAUCCCUCUUUUUUACUGAAGCCUCAGGUAGCCUGACUACAUUUCUACUAGCUGGAAGGGGUAGUGAGCAGUCUCUUUCCUCAUGAUUAACUUUAUGGCUCAUUUGCCAAAUUGUUUCUGAGUAGCAAUUCAAGAAAGCACACCUCCUUAGGCUCAAGAACAUCCACAGUGUAAAGCACUCAAAUGCCACCGUAACUGGAACCAAAAGACAAAGCCACUCCUGUCACAGGACCCUCAAGACCUGCUUCAGUGAGUAACUGAGGCACUUCAGUGAAAAUAAUCUUUUUCAUAGGUGACUGACUCUGUGGAUGCAGGGAGACCAGUGGAUGUGGUAUACCUUGAUUUUAGGAAGAUUUUUGAUAUGGUCUCCCACAACAUUCUCAAAGGCAAGCUAAGGAAGUAUGGGCUGGAUGAAUGGACUGUAAAGUGGACAGAAAACUUCCUGAAGCAUCAGGCUCAGAUGUUUAUUCCCUUCUAGUGAUUAUUCCCCUCUAUUCAGCACUGCUGCAGCCACAUAGAUUCUUAGAUGUUAGGGUCAGAAGGGAACUUAGUAGGUCAUCAAGUCUGACCCCCUGCCCUGGGCAGGAAAGAGCACUGGGGUCAGACGACUCCAGCUAGGUGCUUGUCCAAAGCAGUACUACAUCUGGAGUACUGUGUUCAGUUUUGGAGCCCCCACUACAGAAAGGAUGUGGACAAAUUGGAGACAGUCCAGUGGAGGGCAAUGAAAAUAGUGAAGGCACUGGGGCACAUGACAUAAAGAAAGGUUUAGGGAAUUGGGCUUAUUUAGUCUAGAAAAAAGAAGACAGAGGGGAUUUAAUAGCAGCCUUCAACUACCUGAAGGGGGUUUGAAAGAGGAUGAAGGAAGGUUGUUCUCCAUGAUGACAGAACAAGGAGCAAUGGUCUUAAGUUGCAGCAAGAGAAGUUUAGGUUAGAUAUUAAAAAUAAUUUUCUCACCAGGAGGGUAGUAAAACACUGGA